AUGGCCUCACUACGAACGGCGGCAGUACUGCGCGCUGCAGCAGCCAGGCCAGCACUUUCUCUCGGCGCGCCAGCCCUCGCACGCUUCCAAUCCGCCCAACACGACCAGCACCGAAUCACGAAGGACAGAGAGACGGCCAGCACAUCUGAGCCACCGAGCAGCGGAGCCACGAGCAAUGAGAGCUCAAUGAUCAGACAGGAGGGUGCUGCGGAGGGUCAGGCCAGACACAACCCAGACUGGAGCGUGGCAGCAGACUACAGGACAUCCAACUUUUCACCGGUGCCAAUGCGUGUCAUGGACGGUAGCGAGCCCGGUGUAGACAUGCCAGCCGCAGUUUUGUCCGGCGCGCCAAUUGAGCUCCAAGCUCGCACAGUUCGCAUCUACAAACCCGUCAAAACCGCAACCCAAUCCGGCGACUGGCCAUCUCACCACUGGCGUAUGGACUGGGAUCCUCUUAGCAAGGGCCACCGAUGGGAGAACCCACUUAUGGGAUGGCAGUCGAGUGCAGACUUCAUGCAGGGCACACACCUGAACUUCUCGACGAAGGACGAUGCCAUCAGAUUUGCGAACAAGCAGGGUUACGAGUACUUUGUGCAGGAGCCGAAUGAGAGGAGGGUAAUUCCAAAGGCGUAUGCGGAUCAGUUUAUGCACAGUCCCAAGAAAUUGAAGCAGGUGCGGACGAAGUAA